AUGAAGCACAGCAGGGGGGGCCAGCCGAGCGAAAGGGCCAACACGCUGAGGAGGAGCAAGUACCAGCUGAGGGGCAAAAAAAGCGAGGCAGGCAAAAAUGCACAGGAAGAAGAAUCGGAUGGGAACUCCAACGAGGCAAGUGAUUCCUCCCUGUCUUGUUCGUCCAAAUAUAUGACAAGGGAGGAAAAUGUAGAGGAAAGAGGAACCUUCCACGAUCUGCGAAACGGCCAGCUGAUUCGAGACGGACUCAACUGUGAGGUAGACACAAGGGUAGACCUCCCUAAUGAUGAAGCGAACUACCAAAAGUACUCGCUCCACCAUGUGAGCAAUGCAUUCACGAAGCAAACCCUGGUGUAUGACCACUACAAAAGGAAGGACAUCCUCCUUAGCCUCUGGUGGAAAAAUAUGAUAGACCUAUAUUCAGACAUUUUAAUAACCAACGUGUAUAGCAACGUAAGCAAUAUAGAUGUGCUCAAUAUGAAUCGAAAGGUGAGGGAAAACUACGAGUACUUGAACGAAGGCAUUGUCUUGUUUCACAACUCCAGUAGGAGAGAGAAUUACAAAAUGAGCAUCCUACGGGUGGUUACAAAGGAACAAGUGAACAAGAAAAACGAAAAAGAAAUUUUCUACUCCUCAUCCCUCAGGGAUAACACCAUCGAUGACUCUUUUAAGAAGUAUUAUAAAAAUAAAUAUAAAAACAUCCCAGUUAUUAAAAGGUACAACUGUUUGAAUCUUCCCUAUUAUUGCACCAAUUCUAGCAUCCUGUACUGCGGUAGGGAUGGGGUGAGCAACCAGGGGGAGAGUGACUGGGGGGGAGACGCAGGGAACGUGAUCAUAGCGGGCAAGUCCAUACGGGGGAAUAUAUUCCUCUACAAUGUUGGCAAAACCAUCGACCGGAUUAACAGGAUGGAGGAUGAGGAGGCGGAGGACAGGAGAGUGAGUGAAGAUGGGGGGGGUAGCAGCGGUGGUAGCAGCCGUAGCAGCGGUGAUAGCAGUAGUAGCUGCCGUAGCAGCGGCCGAAGCAGAGGCACCGUCCGGGGUAGCGCCAAGGGGAGUAGCCUCGUGGAGGGGGAAGACGAAGCAGAGGAGCGCGAGGAGGGAAGGACCACCCCAAGUCGUUUCAAAAAAAACGCACAAGUUGUUAAUAGCAAAAAUGGGUACCCCCCAAACUGGGAUAACCAUCAUAGUAGAAAAAACAAAUCAUCCGAAAGUUAUAAAAAAAAAAUAAAAGACCGAAAAAUAUGUGAUGGGGAAUUACUACUCGAAUUAGUUGGGCAUAAGAAAACAGGAAAGGGUCUUUUCUUCAGAAAUAAUUAUCUCCUCAGCAAUGGGGACGACAAGAACAUAUUCAUCUACGACAUUAAUGGCGGCACUGUACGGGGCAGCGAAAAUAAACACGAAAACGAUCACGUCAAUGUCUCUAAAAUGAAUCCGUUUAUCUCGAUCAAGACGAAUGAGCUGUAUAGCAAUGUGCGGUGGCUGUACGACUCGCUAGUCAUCGGCUCUACCUACAGUGGGUACUUCUCCUUGUUUGACAUCCGCAUGAGGAACAGGAGCGCGGGGGGCGUUGGCGGCGGGGUUGGCGGCGGGGUUGGCGGCGAGGUUUGCAGCGGUGGCGAGGUUUGCAGCGGUGGCCGCCUUGACAGCGGGGGAGGCGGAGCGAGUGCUCCCCCCCACCACGGCGUGCAAACCCGCAGCAACGUGGACGUCCACUCCGUCCACAAGAAAAUCACAAAGUACGAAAUAUCCGACAUUGACAAAUACAACAGCGACGAUAACAACCUCAUCUGCAUGAGCUCGCUAAACAACAUUUUCAUUUUCGACUUGAGGUUUAUUAAUAAUAACUUGCCUUAUAAAAUUAUGCACGAUAAUUCAUAUAACAACUAUAGCAUUAAUGAGUCCUACUUUGAACCCUACCAGACGGCUGUGCAAAAUGGAGAGUACAGCAGCAGCACCAAUGUGAAUUACUUUUACGACCAUUCGUAUAAUAAUUAUUAUAAUGAAGAUUUCUUUAACUCGGAUACUUUUAUUCACUCUCUUUUUUGGUGUAACAUUGAGGGGUUUAACUACAUCGGGUCGCUGAACAACAAGGGCAUCAUCAAUCUGUUCGACGUGAACAAGAGCAAGCACCACUGCGUUUUCACUUACGGCUGCAAGUACAUCAAGCUCUUCAGGUUCAACCCCUUCAAAAUUAACAACUUUGUCUCCGUGGACAAGAACAACAUCCUCAUCCUUUUUACCCUCCCCGACCAGAUAUACAAGAGCGACUUGGACCUCUACCUCCAGGACAGCCUCCGCGAGGGGUAG